AUGCCUGACGAUCCAGAAGGUUCGUCGGAGCUCUCCGACCCUCCCUCGUCCUCUGAGGAGGAGAGAGAUGAAAACGCACCUCCUCGUCGUCGCCGUGGUCCCUCGUCUCGCAAGCUCCGUAAGGCCCGCGAGAAGAAGCAGAAGGCUGCUGCUGCCGCAGCAAAACAAGUCGAUGCUGUUGAGAGAUUUCCGCCCUGCCUUCCUUGCUUGAACAGUGCGACCGGUGGUCGCAGCGAUGGGAUUUGUUAUGCUGUUCCUGGGCAACGUCGCUACGAGCGUUGCGUUGAGGGUGGCUCCUGCAAGAAGAUUCCCAAGCCUGCCUUGCCUGUCGCUCUCUACUUUCUCGACUACUGCCGCGCCCACCCCGGUCCUACCAAGGACCUUGAAAAAGACGAGCAGAAGAUCAAGGAGAAGCGCCGCAUUGCGGCUAAGGUUAUCCUCGAUGGUAUCGCCGACAACACCUUUCCUGAUAAGCACGACAUUCGCCUUCGCGAGGCGGGGGUGAACUUGGGUUAA